AUGGUGCGCAAAGAGGACCGUACUUCACCAUGGAAGGAAGGCUUCACACCCGCGCAGCGUCUGGAACAAAAGAUGGUGGACAUGGGGUUCGAGAAAGCCGAGGAAGCCCAUGCAGCACAACGGCUGGAAAACAAGACCAAAGGAAAGUCCGAGAAGCCCAAAGAUAAGGCCAAGGAUGCAAACAAGAAAACAGAGAAGACCAUCCGAAAAGAUAAGGCUGGACUUCAAGAGGGAAAGAUUGGCAACAGGGAGUCGCAAAAGGAUGAAGUCCAAGUGGUGAAAUGGUCCAUGACAGUAUCAAAUGCCAUUUCAGGAGAGACCAUCGGCCAGUACCUCAUGGCGCCCACAGAUCUGGUGCAGGAUCUCAAGGACCGCGUGGAGUCCCAGCUUUGCCCGGGAAGAUCCUGGGCUGCGAACGGGCGGCUGCUGCACCAGACGCAAGUGCUGUCUGAAGCACUGAUGCUCAAAGAGGCACAGAUCCAGGAAUCUUCUGAGCUGCAGUACCUGUCACACAUACCAGUCUUGGAAGAUGAAGGUCGAAUCAUUCCAAGAAGUGACGUCUUCUUGUUGCCAGAGGUGAUGAAGCAGGUUCUAGACUCCUGCAAGCUCCAGCCUUACCAGCCGAAGGUGCAGUGGGUUCUAGACGCGGUGAUAGCAAAGCAGUCGCAGGAAGAACUUGAGCAACAGUGGAAGGACAUGUCCGAAGAGCCAGGCGUCCAAUGUGAAGAUUUGAGGCCCGACAUGAUGCCCGUGCCUCCGGCGUCACCGUGGCUUCAAUUCAGAGAAGGGCACAGAGGUGCUUGCAGGAAAAGGUUCUACAUUAUGAUGUGUGAGUUCGAGAAGGGUGUGUUAAAGUUCUCCUAUGUGAUCUUCAACAACGGCUCCUACAUGCCUGUCGAGAACCCACCGCUUGGAUGGCUUCCCCCAGGCUCACUCGGGGAUGCAGAUGGAAAGCAUGCUGCCCCACUGCUUCGGCCAAUCAGAGCCGGUGGGUGGAGGCCUAGUGUGGAUUGCUUCAUGACCAGCUCCCAGAAUUUAGCCUUGCCUUGCGCCAUCCUGGCGCUGCAGUCUGAGGGCUAUGAAGUCAUGGAAGUAGUUGCCGCUGACCGGCUUCAUGGAUAUGGAGUACGUGCUGGGUUUGACUUGGUCUUGGCAGUGAAAUCCUUGAAGACGCUUCAGACUUCUGUCCUGCCUGUUUACUUCCAUCCUUUGAUGACUUCCGCAGCUACCACUAUCGAUGACAUGAAUACAUUCUCCCGCAGGUACUUCGAUAACAGGCUUUUUGACGAUUACCUCGACGCAGCUGUGUGCGAAAGCGUUCAGCAUGUCUUGGUCUUGUGGCACAUCGAUCUGGUGCAGACCCUGCGCUGGACUUUGGCUCCGAUCCCUGCGGCCUUCCGAAGCUUCCGACGCCAGCUUGCCAAGCAAUGGUUCCCAGACAGCGACAUUCGCAUUGACAACUUCAACAAGUUGUUGCAGCAGCAGCUGUUCGUCCAAAACAGCUUAGAGCCGAGCCUCUUGGACUUGCCCAAGACGGUUUGUGCCAAUCCGUCCUGUCCAGCUGGGGCGGAUUGCUCCAAGCAUCAUCACCUCUUCCAAAUUUCCGUAGCUCGCAUUUGUCCUGGUGGAGACCGGUGCCGCCGGAACCGCUUCAAGCGCCCUUGUUACGGUCACCAUUGCCGAGGGCAACCAAAUCCACAGCAAGUCGGUCCGAUGCCAUGCAAUUGCGUCCAGCUUUGGGCUCCUACGGCGACCUCAGCUCCGUGGUCUCCACCGAAACCAAAAGCCAAAGCAAAGGGCAAAAAGGACAAAGCUUCUGUGGAUGAUUACGACGAACUUCCAAAAGGUCUGGAUGCCCUCUGCAAAUUUCUGAGUAGCGUUAGGACAACUAAACAGAGCUGA